AGAAGACCCUAAAAAAAAUGGGGUGAUUUUGUAUUUUUGUAAUAUUUUUAGUAUUUUUUCAAUAAAUAAUUUUUGUAGUAUAGUGAGAAAGUAUAAUAUGGAGAAAAUAUCACCUUAAAGUCCCUUCCUUUUCUUUCUCUCAAACGCUUUAAAUUCAUUUCCAUCAGUUACAUUUUCUUUUCAAAACCCUUUGACACACUCACUCACUCAUCAUUCAUCAUAUAUAUAAAUUUAUACCCUUCAUUGUGUUUUCUGUAUCACAUUCAUCAUUCAUACCACAAGGGUGCAAGAGAGAGUGAACUUGAUCAAAAAUGGAGUAUCAUAGUGGUGGAAGUGGGUCCCCUGGUGAUCAUCAUCAUCAUCAUCACCAUGAAGGUUCUUCUGAGUCUCAAAGGAGAAAGAAACGUUACCACCGUCACACUGCUAAUCAGAUUCAAAGGCUUGAAGCUAUGUUCAAGGAGUGUCCUCAUCCUGAUGAGAAACAAAGGUUGCAGUUAAGCAGAGAAUUAGCUUUGGCUCCUAGACAGAUCAAAUUUUGGUUUCAGAACAGAAGGACUCAGAUGAAGGCACAACAUGAGAGAGCUGAUAACUGUCAACUAAGGGCAGAAAAUGAUAAAAUAAGAUGUGAGAAUAUAGCUAUAAGGGAAGCCCUUAAAAAUGUGAUCUGCCCCUCUUGUGGUGGUCCUCCAAUCAAUGAUGAUUGUUUCUUUGAUGAACAAAAGCUGAGAAUUGAAAAUGUGCAACUCAAAGAAGAGCUUGAUAGAGUAUCAAGCAUUGCUGCCAAAUACAUUGGAAGACCAAUCACACAGCUUCCACCAGUUGCACCAAUUCACAUUUCAUCAUUGGACUUAUCAAUGGGAAAUUUUGGUGGACAAGGAAUGAUUGGAGGAGGACCUUCUCUUGAUCUUGAUCUUCUACCAGGAAGUUCAUCAACUAUGCAGAAUAUUCCUUACCAACCAGCUUGUCUUUCUGACAUGGAAAAGUCUCUCAUGUCUGACAUUGCAUCAAAUGCAAUGGAAGAGAUGAUUAGGCUUUUGCAGACUAAUGAGCCUCUGUGGAUGAAAUCAAACUCUGAUGGUAAAGAUGUUCUUAAUCUUGAAAACUAUGAGAGGAUGUUCCCUAAGACUACUAAUCGGUUGAAGAAUCCGAAUAUUCGCAUUGAAGCUUCGAGGGAUUCUCGCGUUGUUAUCAUGAAUGGCUUAGCUUUGGUUGAAAUGUUUAUGGAUCCAAACCAGUGGAUGGCUCUAUUUCCUACUAUUGUGACUAUGGCAAGGACUAUUGAAGUUAUCUCUUCCGGAAUGAUGGGCGGUCCUAGUGGUUCUAUGCAAUUGAUGUAUGAGGAGUUGCAAGUGCUGUCACCACUUGUUCCUAUCAGAGAAUUCUACUUCUUGCGUUACUGUACGCAAAUUGAGCAAGGUUUAUGGGCAAUUGUUGAUGUUUCCUAUGAUUUUCCUCAUGACAACCAAUUUGCUCCUCAGUUUCGAUGUCAUCGUCUUCCUUCUGGCUGCUUCAUUCAAGACAUGCCUAAUGGCUACUCCAAGGUCACUUGGAUUGAACACUUGGAGAUCGAAGACAAAAAUCCAGUUCAUAGGUUUUAUCGAAAUGCUAUCUAUAGUGGAGCUGCAUUUGGAGCUGAAAGAUGGCUCACUACUCUUCAGAGGAUGUGUGAAAGGAUUGCUUGUUCAAUGGUUUCAGCCACCCGUGAUCUCGGUGGAGCGAUUCCAUCACCUGAGGGAAAGAGCAGCAUGAUGAAGCUAGCACAAAAGAUGGUAACUAGUUUCUGUGCAAGCAUAAGUGCAUCAGCUAGUCAUAGAUGGACCACACUUUCAUCUUUGAAUGAGACUGGAGUCAGAGUUACUGUUAGGAAGAGUACUGAGCUUGGUCAGCCUAGUGGUGUUGUGCUAUGUGCAGCUACUACCAUUUGGUUACCUCUCCCUCCACAAACUGUUUUCAAUUUCUUCAAAGAUGAAAGGAAAAGAUCACAGUGGGAUGUUCUAUCUAAUGGAAAUGCUGUCCAAGAAGUUGCUCAUAUUGCAAAUGGUUCACACCCUGGCAACUCCAUCUCUGUGCUUAGGGCUUUCAACACAAGUCAAAACAACAUGUUGAUACUUCAAGAAAGCUGUGUGGAUUCAUCGGGUUCAAUUGUAGUCUAUUGUCCAAUUGAAUUGACAUCUAUGAAUGUAGCAAUGAGUGGUGAAGAUACUUCCCACAUUCCAGUAACACCCUCAGGUUUCACAAUCACUUCUGAUGGAAACACACUUGAUAACAAUAACAAUCUUCAAGGAAGUGGCAAUGUUAAUGCUGAUGGAGCUUCAACAAGCUCAAACCUAGGGAACAAUGGUGGUAGUGGAGGAUCAUUGAUAACAGUUGCAUUCCAAAUAAUGGUUAGUAGUUUACCAUCUGCUAAGCUUAACAUGGAGUCUGUUGCAACUGUUAAUGGACUUAUUGGUGAGACUGUUCAGCACAUAAAAGCUGCUUUGAAUUGCCCUAGUUCUUGAUGCUAAAAAAAAACUUGAUUUCAAGUUUUUUUUUUUUUAGUAUUAUUAAUUAGGGUUUCAGAACCUGAGGAUUUUAUUUUGUGCUGGUGGAGGUAAUCAAUAUGGAGGGAGAAGUAAAGUGUUUUGAAGUUUUAAGUUAGUUGAGGGACUUGAAUGCUUUCUCAUCAAGACAUUGAUUCACAAAGACUUGUUAUAAAUUAUUUACUGCUAUGUUGCUGCUCCUGUUGGUGUUGCUGGUAGAGCUGUAUUUUGGUUUCAAAAAAGGGCUUUCAAGCUUCAUUACAUUUCACACCAACUACCAAAUUUUUAUUUUUAUUUUAUUUUUGUUAAGGUUAUAAACUAUUUUUAUUUUCAAGGUACUUUAUGUAAGGUUCCUUUUUAUUUACUUUUUUAGUUUUUUUUCUUUAUUUUGGUUUGUUAUGAUUUGAACCGCAAAAGUUUAGAUGAGUUGGGUCUCGAAUACCUGACCUGACCGUAGUCAUAGCUUUUGUUGGUUUUUAUAGAAGAGGGAGUCAAGAUCGCACCAUACUUGGUCAUUUCCUACUCUACAAUCUUAGAUGAGCCAUGAAAAAUGUGUAUGGUUCGGGCAUUGACUUCUUGUGGCAGAGACUUUAUUAUUCAUAAUUUAUUGUUGCUUUCAUGAAUGACAUUUUGGUUGUAAUAACUCUUGCUAUCUUAUUUUUC